AUGUAUAUGAAAUUUCCAAUUCAGGUUAAUAAUGAAAUCGUGAUAAGAGCCUUGAAAAGGCCCACUUUUAAACAAUUAUUAUCAUUAAUUGAUCAUAAAUCUUUUACUUCACUUAUUUUUAUCCCAGAAAUCUUCAUGGGAAAUAAUUUCCCCGAAUUCUUUCAUGAAAUAAGGAAUGUCGAAGAACAAAAAUUUUUCUUUCAAGUUCAUGAAUCUUAUCAGAAUGAAAUUGGAAUAAAUGUUAACUUUCGAGAUUAA